CUUCACCGACCUGGAUUUAUAAUAUUACUGGGAUAAAUGAGUCGCUAUCGGAACGCAUGAAGGCAAGCAGGAUGAAUGUUGAUUCUCUAAGUAAGGAGGACCUUUUAAUGUUCCUCAGCAUACUAGAGGCAGAGCUGGAAGCUCAGGACCAUGUCAUACACACAUUCAGGGCGCAGCAGCGGGAUGCCUUUGUGCAAGAACGUUACGGGCGCUACGACCUCAGCGAUCCCUUCAUGGCUCUGCAGAGAGACAGCGAGGUGAUGCAGGGACAAGAGCAGGCUCAAACUCAGACUCGAGGUCACAGUAGAAAAGGCCAGGUCAACCCAAGUCCACUGGCUGUGCUCAAACUGGUGAUGGCCCACUGCAAGCACAUGCAGGAGAAGAUGAUGGCACAGCUAGCAGCAGCCGAGAGCAGACACAGACGGGUUAUUGCAGACCUCGAGGACGAGAAACGACGCCACGCGUUAGAUAUGGCAGCUGGUGAUGACGUCACGUACAUGCUGGAGAAGGAAAGGGAACGACUGCUGCAGCAGUUGGAGUCGGAGAGGGCACGGGCCAAGCGUCUAGAGCACGAGUGCCAGUCCCUUUCGACACAGGUUCAGGAAGACAUUGCACAGCAGCAGCUCUCAGACCAAGCCAAGGACAGCCAGCUUGCCAGUGCCUGUGCCCAACAGGAGAGUGACCGCAUGGUCGAGUUGCGUACGCUGCUAGAAAAGGAGCGUGGCAUUGCACAAAGCCUGCAGGGGGAGCUGAACCAGGAGCGGACACGUGCCCUACAAACCGAGGCCAGAGCUGAGAGCCAGCUUGCUCAAUUUGACACAGAGCGUGAGCAGAUGCAGGCAAGGCUGCGCAAGGAGGAGAACCGUGGCAGAGAACUACAGGAACUGAUCGAGAGCCUGAGAAAAGAGUUAGAGGAAGUAAGCAAGAGGGAAAAUGAAUGGAAGAAGAAAGUUGAAGUGGAGGAGGAGAGAAAGAAAGCAGAGAAAAAGCAGGGUAAAUUACAGACAACAUCCACGGCCUGCCAGACCGAGCCUGAUCAGAAAGCUGGAAGUCUGGAGAAAUUUCAGCGACUUAGGCUGAAUGGGCACCAGCUGCGUAGAGAAUCUGAUGAAGAGAGGAGCACUGAAAACGGCGGGGUUGAGAACGGAGGAGGGCUGAGUUCACCUGUUCACCAAUCUCUUUCACCUAGCAGCACUGCCAGCAACUCGCUUUCCUCCUCGCCUUGCUCCUCACCCGUCCUUGCCAAGCGCUUGGCAUCUUUGGGCGCCUCCAGCCCUACAUACCCAUCAUCCUACCAGGCUAGCGUAAACCAGCGCUUCCACGCUGCCAGGCAUAAAUUCCAGCAGCAGUCCGAGCAGGGUACAGGGAUGCCCAUGUCGCCCCGUGAUCUCUCGCCCACCUCUACCUCGGUGCCACCUCUGUCCGACAACUCCAGUGCCAAGCAGAUGGCCCGCAACACUGUAACUCAGGUGCUGUCACGCUUCACCACCCAACAGACUGCAGCAAAGUCUCCGUCUUCAAACAGUUCACCGUUUGGCACAGAUUACCGAACUCUUGCUGCAGCUUCCUCACCCACCAGCAAAGCGCCAGGCCCUCUAUCGCCUGGCGUCCGCUCGCCUAUAAUACCAAGAGGUGACAAGAGCCACGUGCCAUCUGCAGCGCCAAAGAAGCCUGGUGGAAACGGGAAUCCUGGUUCACCAGUGCCUUCCUCUUCACCCCGCUCUGCCCAGUUUCCGGAGCUUUCAGGCAGCUGUGGCAUCAGCAGCACACAAGAGGGCGCUAAAGAGCUUGACCUGCUCAUGUCCAAAUCAAGCUAACU